GUUCAAAUGCAGCACGCGACGCGCCCGAAUGGGACAGUCCGCAGGCUGCGAAAAUGUGUGCGAGUCCAAGGCCAAGGAAGCAACGGAUCCGCCCGAGAUUUGUGACCAUAAAGUGAGAAAGGGACAGGAGGCGGAAGAAGAUGUCUCAGUGGUGGCCUCCUUGGACGCCGUCGCCAGCCCUGGGGAUUGUUUGGCGAAGAUCGAGGCCGAACCCAGCCCUUCCAAUAGCAGCGAUUUCCACUCGGCGACUUGUAGCAGCCCAGUUGACAACAGCGUUGUAAUACAAGUGGCUGUCUCAGCGAUUUCGGACUUGAAUGUGCGCUCCGUGAACAGCAAGGUGACAAAGAGGAGCCGCUUGGAAAAGACCCUCCAUUUGCACUUGGACAUCGACAUCCUCCGUGCGGUGCCCUUGCGCUCUGCCAUGUGUGACUUUGGGGCGAUGUGGCGCAUGAACCCGCACCGCUGCACGGCGGCGGAGUUGCAGAAAGUUUAUGAGAAAUCUCGUAGUUCUUCCUACUACGACCUUUUCCUGUCUCACACCUGGUUGACUCCAGGAUGGCAGAAAUUUGGCUCCAUGUUGUUGCGGCAUCACUGGCCUCAGAUGUUGCUGGGCUGGUUUGCUGGAACCAGCCUGGCGGUGGUUCUGGUGCUCUCUGGCUCCCUGCACCUCAACCUCUUUCAAAGCAUCGACUUUGAUCUAGACUAUGAGGGCAUCGAGUUUGCCCCCUACAGCACCACGUUGGGGAUGCUUGGGGCAGCCAUAGCACUGGUCUCAAGCCCGAUCUUGCAGCUGGAAUGCUGCACAGCGCCAUCUUAUUGCUUUCUCGACAUUGCAUGCGUCCACCAGACCGACCCCGAGUUGCGUGAACGCGGGGUCUACGGUAUCGGUGGCUGGCUGUCGGUGAGUAAAGAGCUACGCAUUCUUUGGAGCCCGCCCUAUUUCUCGCGCCUUUGGUGCGUCUUCGAGGUCGCUGCUUAUCGCAUCGCCAAUCCCAAAGGAAAGAUCACCUUUCAGCCGGUCUUUGUAGAGAAUCUGGUGAUCAUCGCUUGGUUUUGCGUCUUCAUGAUCGUUUGGUUUGACAUUUCAGGUCUUCACUUUCCAGAGUACCGCUGGCUGUUUCUCCUGGUGGAGUUUCUCAUGACCGUCCUGGUGAUCUUUCCCUUGAAGGUCCUUUGGGCCAAGAAGCGGCAAGCGAUUGUCGAUUUGGCGGACUUCACUCUCUCGGAGGUGGUUUGUGGGGACGAUACCUUUGACCGACCCUUUGUAUACUCCGCAAUCAACGGCUGGUAUGGUAGUUUGGACGACUUCACUGACUUCGUCCGUGGUCCGUUGCGGCGGGACCUUCUCAACGAUUUCUCCACCGUUCACCUCCCGUUUGCCUAUUACUUCAUGAUUGCGAGUCCCUUCUUUGGGCGCUACCUGGACUACUCCCUGGCCAUGUGGAGCUGUGACAAAAUACCUCAUGAUCUCGUUUGGUCUUAUUUCCUCGCCAUGGGUCUCUCCAGAGGAGGAGUCAUGAUCAUGGCCGUCAAGGUGAUCUUUCUGCUGGUGGAUUUCUUCGCCGCAUCGCCAAAGGUCUCCGUGGCCAGAACCUGCAUCCAGACUUCCAUCAUCAUAUUGGUGAUCACUGGCCUUGUAUGGGGCCACCGCCAGUUGGCCGAAGCCUGCUACAGCCAGAGAACACUGGAAGCUUCUUCGGCCCUGGCGGCAGCCACAGUGGUCCUGUCGAUGUGCGUUUUCAUUUCUUUUCGCUGCAGAUCGAGACAACAGCGAGAAAGAAACAAUUCGUAUGAAAUUAGCUCUGGAGACUGAAGCCCAUAUGAUGAUCACAGGCGGAUUCGAUUCGGAACGCGGCGUUUCAGUGGGGAGAAUCUCAUGGCGUUUUCGCAUCAUGGCAUUCCAUUCC